CGGCGGCGGCUCCUGAGCAGACCGGUCUUCUCUCGCUCGCGCACCUCGCUCCGCUUCCUCUACAACCAUGUCUGACAAACCCGAUAUGGCUGAGAUUGAGAAAUUCGGUAAGUCGAAAUUGAAGAAGACAGGAACACAAGAGAAAAAUCCACUGCCUUCAAAAGAAACGAUUGAACAGGAGAAGCAAGUGGGCGAAUCGUAAUGAGGCGGGCGCCGCCGAUAUGCACUGUACAUUCCACAAGCAUUGCCUUCUUAUUUUACUUCUUUUAGCUGUUUAACUUUGUCAGAUGCAAAGAGGUUGGAUCAAGUUUAAAUGACUGUGCUGCCCCUUUUCACAUCAAAGAAUGGAGAACUACUGACAACGAAGGCACCUGCCUCUCCCAUCUGCCUGGCUGGCUGGCAGGGAAGGAAAAGAACUUGCAUGUUGGUGAAGGAACAAGCUGGGUGGGACGACAGGGAAGUGUAGAG